GUUUCUCAUACCAUCAUGCCUCUCCGAUUUUCUGGUGGAUCCAGGCAUAUUCUGUUACAACCUGGUACUGGAUCCAUCAGACUACCCAAAGCAGGCGCAGGUUUUGCAGGCAACAAUGCCUGUGGCAACUCUGCUGCUGGAAGUGGAUUUUCCUGUGCCUUGGGAGGGGCUUUGGGCAGUGCUCCCGGUGGUGCCUUUGGAAGUGCUGCUUGUGUUGGCUUCCCUAGAAACGAAGAGGGCCUUCUCUCUGGGAACGAAAAGCUGACCAUGCAGAAUUUAAAUGACCGCCUGGCAUCCUACCUGGAAAAUGUUCGAGCUUUGGAGGAGGCAAAUGCUGAGCUGGAGAGAAAAAUCAAGGGUUGGUAUGAAACAUAUGGUCCCGGAUCAUGUCGUGGACUUGAACAUGACUAUAGCAGAUAUCACCCAGCAAUGGAGGACCUUAAGAAUAAGAUUAUCUCUUCCACUGCUAUCAAUGCUAAUGUCAUUCUGCAGAUUGAUAAUGCCAGACUGGCUGCUGAUGAUUUCCAGCGAAAGUAUGAAAACGAGCUCAGCCUUCACCAAAACGUAGAGGCAGACAUCACCGGGCUACGGCGAGUUCUGGAUGAGCUGACGCUCUGCAAGACCGACCAGGAACUACAAUUUGAAUCCCUGAGUGAGGAGAUGACAUAUCUCAAGAAGAACCAUGAAGAGGAAAUGAAGGCUCUGCAGUGCGCUGCUGGAGGCAACGUGAACGUGGAGAUGAACGCGGCCCCCGGGGUGGACCUCACAGUUCUGCUGAACAACAUGCGAGCUGAAUACGAAGACCUGGCUGAGCAGAACCGAAGGGGUGCCGAGGCCUGGUUCCAGGAAAAGAGUGCCACCCUGCAGCAGCAGAUCUCCGAUGAGGCUGGCGCAGCCAUGACAGCCAGGAAUGAGCUGACAGAAAUGAAACGCACCCUGCAGACCCUGGAGAUUGAGCUGCAGUCCCUCCUGGCAAUGAAACACUCCCUGGAGUGCUCCUUGACGGAGACCGAAGGCAACUACUGUGAGCAGCUCGCACAGAUCCAGGCUCAGAUCGGGGCCCUGGAAGAGCAGCUGCACCAGGUCAGAACCGAGACCGAGGGCCAGAAACUUGAGUACGAGCAGCUGCUGGACAUCAAGGUCCACCUGGAGAAGGAGAUCAAGACCUACUGCCACCUGAUAGAUGGAGACAGAAACUCGUGUUCUAAAUCAAAGGGCUUUGGAUCAGGAAGCUCAGGGAACUCAUCUAAAGAAUUACCCAAAACCACACUGGUAAAGACUGUGGUUGAAGAGAUAGAUCAACGUGGUAAAGUUCUUUCAUCCAGGAUUCACUCCAUUGAAGAGAAGACAUCUAAAACAACCAAUGGCAAGACAGAACAAAGGAUUCCUUUCUAGAUGUCAAUUUAAAGACAAGAAUAUUUUGGAAAAGGAUCCUGCACAAUUGUAUUAUUCCAAGUAUCAGAGAGGAUAAAAACAUUUU